AUGUCACAUGCAGUGAGACGAACAGGGACGAUGCCGAGGGUCGCCAGGCUCCUGGUGGCCUUCGGGGUGUGCUCAGUGGACGCUGGAACACCCGCCGAGCCACCAGGGACCCGACGCGCGCACCGUGUGGAGCGAGACGCGGUUCGAGCAGCUGCCAGGAUUUGGGUGACCGCGAGAAGUGGAGCUGAAAGGGACUUUGUGCUCAUGGAAGCGGGUUCCUCGAUUGGCUUUUGGUCCUUGAAGGCUGCCAAGGCUUUUAGGAAUGCCACUGCAUCCUUGGUGGAUGGUUUGAUUCAAGAAUAUGGCCAGAUUGACAUGCUCCAUAUGGACAUUCAGGGAGGCGAGCUGGAGCUUCUCAAGGAGAGCAAGCACCUCCUGAAUGUCUUGAACGUACACAUCGGCACCCACGGCUUUCACGAUGAAUUGAGGGAAGAGUUCCUGCGCCAUGGUUUUGCCCUCGACUUCGACUUUAUUCCCCAUCGUUUUGUGAGGACUGCAUAUGGCCCAGUCUAUUUCGUGGAUGGCAUUUUGGCAGGGCACCAACAAUCGAACUGGUCUGAAGGAGUGCGCAAGUCGAUGGAAGCAAGUUGA